AUGACUUAUAAGAAACCACAAAAGGAAAACCCUUCAGUUAAAGUGGUGACGUUCCAAAACCAAAGAUGUCGGAUAUUAAAAUCAACAUCGAGGACACAAAGCCACAAAAAAUGCUCGGUUUUCGGCACUUCCAGUUCGUUUUGUUCUUCAUCUUCCAACUGGUGUUUUUCGGAAUGCGAACAUCUCUCUCAGUUGCCAUCAUCUCAAUGACUGAAAAGUCUCCCCCAAAUCGUAGCAUUCCCACGUACCCACAAUGGGACAACACUGACACAAUCUUAUCGUCAUUUUUCUGGGGAUAUAUCAUCCCCCAAGUGGUCGCGGGUCAACUGAGCGAACGCUACGGUCCCAAAUGGUUCCUGGUUGUUACCAUGAUCAUUGGUUCCAUCAUCAAUAUCGCUAUUCCGACCAUGGCCCAAAUUAUGGGUUCCACCGGGGUGAUAAUAUGCCGGGUACUGCAAGGCAUAUGCCAGGCUUUUAUGUACCCAGGAACCCACAAUUUGAUAAGCCAAUGGACCCCAGUUUUCGAAAGGUCACUAGUUGCGAAUUUUGUCUAUGGAGGUGCCUCUUUGGGCAUUGCGGUUUGUAUGCCAGUAACUGGGGCCAUUUCUGGGUCAGAGAUGGGGUGGCCUGUGGCGUUUUACGUCUAUGGGGGUUUGGGGAUUGCCACAGCAGUACUUUUUAUUUUUUGGGCCGAAAACUCUCCCUCAAGUAGUACCAGGAUAUCGAAAGAGGAGCAAAAAUAUAUCGAGGCUAAUACCGAUAUUUCCAAUUCGGGGAAAAAGUACCCAACUCCGUGGAAAUCAAUCCUGACUUCGGUACCAAUGUAUGCAAUGCUAAUAGCUGGGGUUUCGCAAUGUUGGGGUUGUUUCACCCUUCUGACGGAGAUACCAACCUAUUUGGCCAACAUCAUGAAUUUUGAUAUCAAUUCUAACAGUCAGUUAUCAGCACUGCCCUACUUUGCCCAGUUUUUCGUGGGGCUUUUUAUCUCGCCUCUGGCUGAUUUAAUUGCGGCCAAAAACCUGGUCAGUAUUUCGACUUCGCGUAAAAUUUUCAACUCUUUGGCGUCGUAUUUGCCCGCUGCGGCUUUGAUCUACUUGGCGUUUUUGGAAAAUUUUGAAACUAAUCUCGUGGUGACACUUUUGGUGAUUACGGUCAGUACCGCGCAAUUUGCACAGUCGGGUUAUUGGAUUAAUUUGAUCGAUGUUGCACCAAACCAUUCGGCAACACUUCUGGGAAUGGUCAAUGGUACUAACAACAUUUUCUCGCUUUUGGCACCGCUGACGGUGGGAUUUCUUGGCAAUGAUAAGAAAGACCCGAUUUUGUGGCGGAAGGUUUUCCUGCUAGCGGCUGGAAUUUACGCCGUUUGUGGUACGUUCUACGUGAUUUUUACCUCAGCUGAGGUACAACCGUGGAACAACAUUGACGAAGACGAAGAGUCUGAUCAAGAAUCUGUUACGAAAAAGACUGAAACUUUGGCAAAAUACUGAUUUUGUAUGUUAAUAAAUUUGAUAAAAAAUU